AAGCUGGGCCAAAAUUACUUGACAGGUCCCUUAUCUGCUUCGAUUGGCAAUCUAAUUCGAAUGCAGUGGCUGUACGGCGUUGCAACUUUUGGACCUUGGCAUUAAUGCAUUAUCAGGGGAGCUUCCGAAGGAAAUUGGAUUGCUUACUGAUUUAAGAUCAUUGGCCAUUGGAACUAAUAACUUCUCGGGUCCUCUGCCAUCAGAGAUUGGCAAUUGCUCAAUGCUAGAACAACUUUAUUUUGAUAGUUCCGGUGUAACUGGUGAGAUUCCUUCAACAUUCACUAAUCUGCAGAACCUGCAAACAGUGUGGGCAUCAGACACAGAACUUACAGGGAGGAUACCUGACUUUAUAGGGAAUUGGUCAAAGCUUCGUGACUUGAGAUUUCAAGGAAACUCUUUUGAAGGUCCAAUACCUUCAACAUUUUCCAAUCUUACUUCACUGACAGAGUUGAGGAUAAGCGGUUUAUCUAAUGGAAGUUCUCUAUCAUUUAUGAAGGAUAUAAAGUCCUUAACUAUCUUAGAUCUAAGGAACAAUAAUAUUUCUGAUACAAUUCCAUCCACAAUUGGAGAAUACCAGAGUUUGACGCAGCUGGAUUUAAGCUUCAACAAUAUAACUGGACAGAUCCCAGACUCACUUUUCAAUUUGAGUUCGCUCACUCAUUUGUUUCUUGGAAAUAAUAAGUUAAAUGGCUCCCUUCCUGCACAAAAGAGUUCAUCUCUUCGCAAUAUAGAUGUGUCGUACAACAAUUUAGCUGGGAGCUUUCCUUCUUGGGUCAACGAACCAAAUUUGUCGAUUAAUUUAGUUGCCAACAACUUCACAAUAGGACAGUCAAACAGCAGUGUUUUGCCAUCAGGAUUGAACUGCCUUCAACGGAAUUUUCCUUGCAAUCGAGGACGUGGAACCUAUUAUAACUUUGCAAUUAAGUGUGGUGGUCCACAGAUUACAUCAUCCGAUGGGACUCUGUUCGAGAGGGAUAAUGAGACUCUUGGUCCAGCAUCAUAUUAUGUGACUGACACAAAUAGGUGGGCAGUCAGUAAUGUUGGGUAUUUCACUGGGAGCAAUAAUCCACAGUACACAAUUUCUUCAUCAUCUCAGUUCACAAGCACCCUAGAUCCAGAACUAUUCCAGACAGCACGGGUUUCUGCUUCAUCAAUAAGGUACUAUGGAUUGGGGCUUGAGAAUGGAAACUACACUGUGAAGCUCCAGUUUGCAGAAAUAGAAAUUAUGGAUACAAAUAUAUGGGAAAGUCUUGGGAGGCGUGUUUUUGAUAUUUAUAUCCAGGGUAAUCUUGUUUUGGAAGAUUUUGACAUACGCAAGGAGGCUGGUGGAGUUUCUAAACGAGCAGUACCAAAAGAGUUUAAGGCUCAGGUAUCAGAAAAUUACCUUGAAAUUCAUCUGUUUUGGGCUGGGAAAGGGACUUGCUGUGUACCAGCUCAAGGUAAAUAUGGACCAUCCAUUUCAGCAAUCAGUGCUACCCCAGAUUUCAUACCUACUGUUAAUAAUAAUGCUCCAACAAGCAAGAAGAGUAGAACGGGUCUGAUCGUGGGGAUUGUUGUUGGUGUUGGAGCUGUAAGCCUUCUGUCUGUUGCAGCUUUCUGCAUUUUUAGGAAAAGAAGGGCCCAUAAAAAAGAUGAUGAAGAGCUCCUAGGAAUAGAUGCUAGACCAUACACUUUCAGUUAUGCUGAACUAAAAGCUGCUACAGAGGAUUUCAAUCCUGAAAAUAAGCUUGGAGAGGGAGGAUUUGGGCCAGUCUAUAAGGGAAAACUUGAUGAUGGAAGAGUAAUUGCUGUGAAGCAAUUGUCCAUAGCAUCACGCCAAGGCAAGAGUGAGUUUGUUACAGAAAUUGCCACCAUAUCAGCUGUGCAACACCGUAACCUUGUCAAACUAUAUGGAUGCUGUUUCGAGGCAGAUCAACGUCUUCUUGUUUAUGAGUAUCUGGAAAACAAGAGUCUAGAUCAAAUACUUUUUGCAGGAAAAAAUUUGAACCUCAGCUGGUCUACACGUUAUGAUAUAUGCUUGGGAGUAGCACGAGGUCUAGCUUAUCUUCAUGAAGAAUCAAGCGUCCGUAUUGUGCACAGAGAUGUCAAGGCCAGUAAUAUUUUGCUUGGUUCUAAUCUCAUCCCAAAAAUCUCUGAUUUUGGUUUAGCCAAACUUUAUGAUGAUAAGAAAACCCACAUAAGCACCCGUGUUGCAGGGACAAUUGGGUAUCUUGCACCGGAGUAUGCCAUGCGUGGACACCUUACAGAGAAGACUGAUGUGUUUGCCUUUGGUGUUGUGGCUCUAGAGAUUGUUAGCGGAAGACCUAACUCGGACUCUAGCUUGGAGGAAGAGCAGAUCUACCUUCUUGAAUGGGCUUGGUACCUGCAUGAAAAUGAUCGUGAGGUUGAACUAGUGGACGGUAGUUUAUCAGAAUUCAACGAGGAAGAAGUGAAGCGUGUAAUCGGAAUAGCUCUUUUGUGCACUCAGACAUCACCAAUGCAAAGGCCAUCCAUGUCCCGUGUGGUGGCUAUGCUUUCGGGAGACGCUGACGUGAGCAGAGUGGUUUCAAAGCCUGGAUACUUGACUGACUGGAAGUUUGAUGACACCAGCUUUAUGAGUAAUCUGGCAACUAGAGCGAGUGAAACCAGCUAUGAUACCUCAACAAGUACAAGCAUAGUAGCUAAUACAGAGAAUUCACCAAUGGACAUUACUAAACCUAUGCCCCAUAGUAUCAUUGGAGAGGGAAGGUGAGAUUUUCUCCUUUUUGAUCAUUACUGUUUUGGUGUAAAUCUAAAUAAUUCAUGUAGUCUCCAUUGUAAAUCAUGUUUAUAACUACAGAAUGUAAGCUGCAAGCGGUUACUAAUUUGAAUGUUUGGUUGGUUUUACAACUAUUUCGGAAAUAAAAUUUGAAGUUUUAUCCAGUUUA